UUGCUUUUAUAAUGAAGGUAAUUCCAGGAGAAUUCCAGCCAAAUUCAAUCAAAACAGAGGAAUAAACAAUGGUGAUAACCGCAUUCAAUAUACGAAGAGAGAAAGAUAGAGAAGAGAGAAAAUAGAGGAGAGAGAAAUUAUGUAUGAUGAUUUAAAAUCAGGUAAGUUUAAGAAGAAAAUUGAAGAAAAGGAAUUGAGAAAUUAGAAAAUAAUUGAAAAAGGAAAGAACACAUGAAAUAGAAAAGGGAAGAACGUUGAGAAUUUGAAAGAAAAAAGCUACAGCUGGCAACUAUUAAUUACGUGGCAUCAACUCAUUGGUGGUGCACACAAUUUAAGGUGUGCCAUGGUGCAUAUUAGAAUUUGCGGAGUCCAUCCCUAACAAGCUCUUUUUCCUAACGGAUACGGCCCAAUUCUCAAGUUGCCUUUUCUUGAGCCCAAUGAGUUCAUAACUCCAAAUAUUGACAUUGGUCCAUUGGAAAUUGGUGAUUCUCUCACCUACCACAACUUUGAUCUUCUUAACAAAUCAAAUAAUUAACCAUUAAACUAGCUUAAUUGCUGCUAAAACCAAAUAUGGUGGACUCAAAUCAUCAACAAAUAAAAGUAGUUUCAGAAUCUUUCAUCAAACCCAAAUAUGAAGUUGAAGCCUCAAAACAACCACAUUACUUAGCCCCAGAUGAUCUAAUAUUCUUACCAUUAGACCAUAUGCAAAAGGGUCUACUUUUCCAUGGUAAACCACAAAACAUACAAACCCAUCUUUUGGACAAGCUCAAAAUUUCAUUAUCUCAAUCUCUUGUUCAUUUCUACCCUUUAGCAGGUCAACUUGCUACCCAAAAGUUCCAUGAUGAACAUGCCAUUUGGGUCUAUGUCGACUGCACCACCGGUCCGGGAGUUCGCCUCAUUCAUGCUGUUGUCAACACCGACUUGACUAUAUCCGAUCUCCUUUCCUCCACCGACAUACAUCCAAUUGUACCUUGCUUGUUUGAUCUCGGUGAGAAGGCUGUCAACCAUGAUGGUCACACGAGACCGUUGUUAUCGAUCCAGGUAACCGAGCUACUCGACGGGGUUUUCAUCGGUUUUACCUUGAAUCAUAGUGUAGCAGAUGGGAACUCUUUGUGGCAUUUCAUCUCGUCCUUGUCCGAGAUAUUUUUACAAUUUAAGGAUGAAAAUCACAGCAAUAAUGUCACUUACAACGAAGCUACUAAGUUCCAAUCAGAUUUGUCCAAUAAUAUCGUAAUCUCUCGAAAACCAAUAUUUUGCAAGCCUUUGCUCCCCGAAGGGUAUGGUCCGAUCAUCAAUUUACCAUACUUCGAACCAGAUGAGUUCGUAUCUAGGUUUGAUCCAGGCAUACUUAGAGAAAGAAUAUUCCAUAUUUCAUCUAAGGCAAUGUCGAUGUUGAAAGCUAAGGCUAAUGAAGAAUGCGAAAAUAUUAAUGAUCACAAUGUUAUAUCCUCGUUCCAAGCCUUAUGUGCAUUUAUAUGGAUAUCCAUUACCCGUGUUAGAAAUUUGGAACCAAGUUUAAUGACAAUUUGUCCAUUUCCUUUGAAUUGGCGAGCUCGAAUUACACCCCCUUUAUCCCAAGAGUGCUUCGGAAACUACGUUGAAGGAUUGCAAUGUGCUUGCAAGGUAGGCGACCUACUCGGCCAUGGGUUGGGUUCGGCUGCAUUGUUGAUUCAACAAAGUGUAGAGGCUGUAGAUGAUAGUAAAAUCCGACAACGCCUUUGUAGUUAUGUUAAGGCUCCUUUUUUGGCAAAAACAGGCUCUACAUAUUAUGAGCCUAAUGGAGUCUUAAUAGGCGGGUCUGCUAGAUUUGAUAUGUACGGACCCGAAUUUGGGCUUGGUAAAGCAGUGGCUGUUUUAGCUGGUUACUCUAACAAGGCUGAUGGGAAGGUAACCGUGAACCCGGGUCGCGAAGGAGGAAGUUUAGAUUUAGAGAUAUGUCUUAAACCGGAGACAAUGAAUGCUCUUGAAUCCGAUGAGGAGUUUAUGAGUUUUGUCUUGGCAAAAUGAUGUACAUGGAAUUCGAUUUCAAUUUUUGAAUAACUUUAAUAAUUAUUUGUAACCAUAUUGGUUUUUUUUCC